AUGAAGCAAUUAUUUCUUGCCGUAGCAUCAUUGCUAUUCAGCGCCAUCAGUGCGCACCCUUCCAAGGUUGCCACCGGACCAUUCUUGACACAAGUCGACAACACAACAUGGAUCCUGGGAAAUGACAUCUGGAAUGUCACUCAGCAGCAGACCUACGGAGUCGAGCUGAUGUACAAGGGAAGGGAUUGCGUUGGGGAGGCUGCUGGUCACUACGUAAGCUACAAUGGCGCAGCGUCUAACUUAGAGUGGACCUCGGCUUCCAUCACCAAACGUGGUACCUACAAAGGUAAAAGUUAUAUCGAUGUCUCUUUCACUGCCGCAGAGGGAGAUAUGCAUUGGGUCAUUUUCUCUAGUCUGUCGGGUGCCUAUCAGUACUUUGUGAAUCACGCGCUGCCUACCCUUGGUGAGUUCCGCACACUUUGGCGGCUGGAUAAUACGACAUUCACAAAGGGUAGAACAAAUAUUAAGGACGAAGAGCUUCCACCCCUAGACGAAUACCUGUCCCAGAACAAGGUUCAGGAUGAGACGUGGUUGAAACCCGAUGGAAGUGGUUAUAUCACCAAGUAUGACUUCACCGCCUGGUCCAGAAACCAGGACUACUUUGGUGUGUAUGGAGAUGGCUUCGGGAGCUGGUACAUUAAUCCUGGAAAGGACUAUUACAAUGGUGAUCAUCUCAAGCAGGAGCUCAUGGUUCAUCGAGAAUCAUCUACCGGUGAUGUCGUGCAGUUGAACAUGAUUCACGGCACCCAUUUCAUGGCCUCGUCCUCUGACGUAUUCCCGGAUGGCAAGAUGUGGGGACCAUGGCUUUGGUAUCUCAACGAUGGCGACAAGCAGGAUGCAGCCAAGCGAGCCACGGAAGAAUUCAGCGCUUGGCCAUACACCUGGCUCGAUGACAAAGACUAUCACAGUCGUGGCGUCCUGAAAGGCAAGAUUGUGCUUUCUGACGGACGCCCUGCAAGCAAUGCGGUCGUCUUCCUCGGCGACAACAAACCGAAUAAAACUUCUUUGGAUAUGGGAUCAACAUAUUACUAUACUGAAUAUGCCGACAAGAAUGGAAACUUCGAAUUUUCUGACGUCCGUAGUGCCACGUACGGUCUACAAGCCUGGUCCAACGGAAGUUCCAUCGCAGAUGUGACCACUUCCUUCCUUCAAAACGAUGUGACCGUAAAGAAAUCAGCGAAGACAAACCUCGGCACCCUUACCUGGGAGGUUUCAUCGAAAAAGAAACUAUUCCAGAUCGGUGACUUCGAUCGCUACAGUUAUGGCUUUUUGCAUGGUGGAGCACCCCACCAGCACGCCCUUGUUGCCUCGUGCCCAGCCAACCUAAUAUACACCAUCGGAUUGUCGGAGCCGAGUGACUGGUGUUUCGGACAGACAUACAAGGGUAACUGGACAGUGUUGUUCAAUGCGGCGACUCCGAGCAAAUCUGCGGCUCCUAACCUGAUCGUUUCACUGGCUGGGUACUCUUCAGGAAGCAGCAUAAAUAUCCUCGUUAACGGUGUUCAGAUUGGCAACAUGACUAGUGGUUCCUCGUUGCUACCUUCCGACCCUUGCUUAUAUCGUUCUGCAACGGGUGCAGGAGAGUGGCAUUUGCUUGAGUACUCUUUUGACAAAGAUUUGCUGAAGACGGGGGAGAAUGAGCUUACUUUCGAUAUGGUGAGGAACACUACUUGGCAUGGAUUCAUGUGGGAUAGUGUUGUCCUAGAAUGGUGA